CCGGGAUGGGCCGGCACAGCCCGCGGGGACGGACGGCACGGCCGGGACACUGAGCGGGCUCCAGCGGGGCUUCCAGGACAGAGGUUCACCAGACUGCAGCCCCGAAUUUCAAAGGGUGACCUGUGACUCAGUCCUUCCCAGCUGUGCUCUCUCUGCCCACCACUAUGCGGAUAACAAGUGUGAUCCGGUACAUGGUGCUGCUCAUCACCCUGCUGGGCACAUGGUUCAUCACCCAGACCUACUUCCACCAGAGCUGGAAAGCCGUCAGCCUGCGGAGCUGGCUCGGUGCCAUGAACAAGCCCAGCAGUGAGAAGCUGCCCCAGCACAAGUGUGGGAACAAGAAGAGCUGCCCCCAGAAUUAUUUUGCCUUCAGGAUCAUCAGUGGUGCUGCAAAUGUGGUGGGACCCUCGAUCUGCUUUGAAGACUUGGUCCUCAUGAGCAGCGUGAAAAACAACAUUGGCAGAGGCCUGAACAUUGCACUGGUGAAUGGAACAACUGGGCAGCUCCUGAAAACCAACUCCUUCGACAUGUACUCUGGAGACAUUACCAAGCUGCAAACCUUCCUCCAAGAGAUCAAGCAUGGCACCCUUGUGCUGACAGCAAGCUACGAUGAUGCUGCCACAAAGAUGAAUGACAAAGUAAGGGCCUAUUUCACGGAGCUGGGCAGCAACCACGUGGGCAAGCUGGGCUUCCGAGACAACUGGGUGUUCUUGGGAGCAAAAGGGCUGAUGAACAAGAGCCCCUUUGAAAAGCACAUUAAAAAUAAUAAAGAGACAAAUAAAUACGAGGGCUGGCCUGAGCUGUUGGAGAUGGAGGGCUGUGCCCCCAGGAAGAUGGACUAGCAUCAAACUCCAGCCUGCCAUGGAGGGCAGCUUCACCAGUCACCCAGGGACACCCCCAGGACAGCCCCAUCGUGGGGACUCCAGCCUCUCCACUGCCAGGGCACAGAGUCCAGCAGCUGUUGCUUUCCCACAGGAACUGGCUGUUUCACAGCAGGAACUGUGCAGGGCUUGGAGAAGAGCGGUACAAGUGCCUGCAGAGCCUGAGCAGACAC